AUGGCAGCCAACACAAAGUACAGCGCGGCGCCGACGCGCGACAGCUUCGAAGAACAGAGUUACUCGCAAGCGCCACCAUCCUACCAGGCAGAACCGGUCAUGGGCGAGGCGCGAUCGGAGGACGACAACCUUCCAGAUGACUUCAAGUUUGGAGGAUCUGUAGCAGAGGCGACGCUUCCGAUUCGAAUGCAAUUCAUCCGCAAGGUCUACGCCAUCUUGACUGUACAACUCCUGGCCACGACGGCCCUCAGCGCGAUCUCCUUCYUCAGCGUGGGAUACAAGAGCUGGAUCCAGAGCAACCAGUGGAUGAUGUGGGUGUCACUGUUUGGAGCCAUAGGCUUCAUGCUCUUAACGUUCUGGAAGAGGAAGAGUUAUCCGAUGAACUUGGCAUUCUUGACUGGAUUCACGGCGAUGGAGGCAUACAGCGUUUCUGUUAUAACCUCAUUCUACGAAAGCAGAAUCGUCCUACAAGCACUGAUAUUCACGCUCGGAAUCUUCGUCUUCCUGAGCCUGUUCGCAUGCCAGACCAAGUACGACUUCACUUCAUGGAUGCCAUACUUGUUCGGAGCUCUCUGGGUUCUCAUUCUAUUCGGAUUCAUGACCAUGUUCUUCCCUCAGUCAAAGGGUUUCGAGCUUGCUUAUGGUGUGGGCGGCGCGCUCAUCUUCAGCGCGUACAUCCUCGUGGACACGCAGCUGAUCCUUCGCCACUACCACGUUGAGGAGGAAAUCGCUGCCGCCAUCAGCCUCUACCUCGACGUUCUCAACCUGUUCCUCUCGAUCUUGCGUAUCCUCAACAGCCAGCAGAACAACUGA